GCGGUGUGACUUGACUGAGGAGCGGGGUCGGGCUGCAGAGACAGACAGAGGCGGCGGUUCCCUCGCUAGGUAUCAGCUACGAACCAUGUCGACAGAACUCCAGGAUGCUCACCUCACAGAGGUGAAACCUCUAGUAGAGAAAGAUGAGGCAAUCACUCGCCUUCUUCCGGAUUUUGAUGUUCAGGAGCAAGAUGUUGAGACUCUGCAUGGCUCUGUCCAUGUUACUAUGUAUGGGACUCCCAAAGGAAACAGGCCUGCCAUCCUAACAUACCAUGAUAUUGGUUUGAAUCACAAAACUUGCUUCAACCCCCUCUUCAACUUUGAAGAUAUGCAGGAAAUAACACAGCACUUCGCAGUCUGUCAUGUGGAUGCACCAGGGCAACAAGAUGGAGCAGCAUCUUUCCCAGCUGGAUACAUGUAUCCCUCCAUGGAUCAGCUGGCAGAAAUGCUCCCUGGGAUCCUAAAACAAUUUGGGCUGAAAAGUGUUAUUGGAAUGGGAACUGGAGCAGGUGCCUACAUCUUAACUAGGUUUGCUCUGAACAAUCCAGAAAUGGUGGAAGGACUAGUUCUCAUCAAUAUAAACCCUUGUGCUGAAGGAUGGAUGGACUGGGCAGCGACUAAGAUCUCAGGAUGGGCUCAUGCCCUUCCAGAUAUGGUCAUUUCACAUCUUUUUGGGAAGGAAGAGAUUCAUAACAACCAUGAUCUGAUCCAUACUUAUCGCCAACAUAUUAUCAACGAUAUGAAUCAAACCAAUCUUCAUCUCUUUGUCAACUCGUACAACAGUCGAAGAGAUCUUGAGAUUGAGCGUCCUAUUCCUGGAGCAAAUGUUGUUACUCUACAAUGCCCUUCACUAUUGGUGGUUGGUGACAGUUCUCCUGCUGUUGAUGCUGUGGUAGAGUGCAACUCUAAACUGGACCCAACAAAGACCACACUCCUAAAGAUGGCAGACUGUGGUGGUCUCCCUCAAGUUUCCCAGCCUGCAAAACUUGCAGAAGCUUUCAAAUAUUUUGUUCAGGGAAUGGGAUAUAUGCCUUCAGCUAGUAUGACCAGGCUUAUGAGGUCCCGUACAGCAUCUGGUUCCAGUGUCACAUCUUUGGAGGGACAAAGGAGCAGAUCUCACACUGGGGAAGGAACAAGAAGCAGGUCCCAUACCGGUGAGGGUGACAGGAACAGAUCCCAUACUGGUGAUGGGUCCAGGAACCGCGCUCACACAGACACGCGCGUUGAGCUCACUCCUAACUCUGCAAGCAAUGCUGAACAACCUAGCCCCAAAUCCAUGGAAGUUUCCUGUUAAAUACCUUUUUAAAAAAAAAACCAAAAACCUGGAUGUAGUUUGAAACUGUAAACCUUUUUAAUGGUUGCCCACUGUGUAUCACAACACAUAGCUGGUAUUAAUCUCAAGCUUUCCUGUAAGAUGAACUCUGUUCACCAGAGUUUAAAAGGGACCAAAGAAAGCAAACAUCUCAAUUGCUCUAUUUUUAUUACUUAAUACGGAUGGUUGCUGCUAUUGUGCCCUCCAACUGAUGCCACAAUUUAAGGGCUGCUUGCCAAAAGUUAAUAUGGCUGUGAACAUUUCAAAAUCAAACCAGACUUACCGAACAUCCUGUUCAAACAAAGAUUUGAAACUAGGAUAUGCCCACUUCUUAUCUCUUAUUUCUUUGGCUAAAUAAAGUGACCCAGUUUGUGGCACAUAUUUAAAAAAAAUUUGGGGGUAGGGGAGGGAAAGCAGUGCUUUAUGGGUGACUUUAAAAACAACAAAACAUGGUACAGCCUCAUGUUGAAGCUGGAGUUCAACUCAAACUGUAUAUAGUUUAAUUUUUUCCUAUUUGAAAUUAAACUUGUGCAUUUAUAGGCCUUCUAAUUAGUAUUUGAGCCUGUUUUACCUAAGUACAGUAAUGUGUUAUUAAAAUAGGCAACUUUUUUGUAUUUGAUGGGUUUUUUGAGAUUUAGUCCCCCCAACCCCCCCCAUUCCUAAGACCUGCUUAACAAAGUGAAGACCAGGUUUAACUUUUUAUAAGCAGGUUAAUAUUUUCUCUUUGGCGGGAUCUUAAACCAAAGAGCUCACAACACAGCAAAGCUUGGUGACGUAGUUGACACUUAAGUAGCUGUACAUGACAAUGAUGACUGCUCAGUGGAAGCAGUUUUACUUUCACAUUCAGUGGCUUUUAAUCUUUGGAGUUUGAGGUGUUUUGUGCAUCCAGCCCAAUUGUAAAUCUCAGAAUUCUGUAAACAAAGCCAGAUGCAGCUGUUAAUUGUUGAGGAAAGAUGAAAAACUGAGGGAUGGCUUGUAAUUAAAUACUGUACACUCAACUGUCACUAAUUACUAGCUCCUAAAACCUCUGAUUUUGAAUUUGCUGGUGCUGAGAAGUGUAUUCCACAGCGGUGGGAGGGGCAAUUUUGUAAUUGAUAAACAUAAUAUUUAGUGACUGUAAAUUUAGCAAUGCAUGAUUCUGCAUCUCAGUGUAACCUACUGAUAUCUCCCAGGUUAUCUUCUUUUGGAAGUAAGUAAGUGGGCAUGGCACCCACAGUUUUCAUAGUGUUCUUCAGCUUUUCUUCCAUACAUACUGGGACAGUCUUUCACUUGCUUUGAUAUAUAUUUGCUACAUCACAAUUCUUAUGUAGCUAUGAAAAAUCAGAUUCUGAGUAAUUAAAUAGCAAGUGUUAAUACCUAAAUUUUUUGGGUAGUUCUCUGUUCAGAAGAACACAACUUAAUGUUAGGUUACUCCACAUUGACUAACUUACUCUUGUGCAGAGUUUCCAUGGUGGUUGGUAGGAACAACAGAUAUUAAAGAGAAUGAACUAUUGUGUAAAGUCUAUCAAAAGUUUUCUUAACGAACUAUUUGUAUUUAUUUCAAAACAAAUAAAUUUGUAACUUUGCAA